ACGGCCCUCAGACGAUCCACGCUGCAUUACACACGGAACUCUGCGCGGGACCCGGAAGAGUGGGAAUUUCAAAUGGCUGUGUGUGCGGACUGCAAAAUAAAAAACUCACGGUUGGAAGAGAAGCUUUGUCGUCUGCUAAACGAUCUCCGUGAGAAGGAUAGGCUGCUGGAGGGCUUCAUAUCCGUAGCUUCAGCUCAAGCUAAACAUAUUUCCCUGAGUCAGGCCUCCAAGAUCACCGGUCUUUCGCCCUCAGCACUGGCACCACAGCUGGUUUCGGCCGCCGCUGCCACUCUGCCCUGGUUGGCCUCCCUUCAUUCUCCGAACGGGCCGGCCGAGGGCCCUGCAGCCAGGGGUCCAGCCGGCUCACCCGUGCUGCACAGCGCAAAGCCGGCAGGCUGUCUUUCCACCUCUCCUCCCGUGCAUCGGUACAGUCAGGGUCUAAGACCGCUGGACGAUCCUGAUACUGGCAUGUUAGCGGGGCUCCCAGCGCUCCCUACCCACAGCUCGACCCCAAAGCUGAAGGGGCAGCAAACCUGGCUCGAGGUGGCGCAACGCGGACGGAGGAUGACCGCAGCGGAGAGAGUCCCUUCACCACCACGGCUCUCCCUCUCCAACCGCUUCUUGGCCCUGAGGGAUGAGGCUGCCGCUGACCCAGUCGCUGCUCCGGCUCCACCUCUCCUGACGGUCCCAGCUCCAGCAGAGGCGGCUCUGCGGAUGUCCAACACAGACCUGGCACCGCGGCCCUCCUCGACCGGGAUACUGCGUCGCAGGCUGCUGAAGGAGGCCGUCUCCAGGCGCUCGGAGAGGCUCCCCUGGGCCGGCAACACCCUCACUCCACCUGCGUCCGCUCACUGCCGACAACAGGUGGAGCGCCCAACAUUUGAAGGCUUCAGCGCCUGCACAUCAGCUCCUCAUCCCCUUUUUCCCCCGGCCACGCUCAUCAUCGGAGACUCCAUAACCAGGUACAUCAGCUUUUUUAAUGCCAUCACUCACUGUUUUCCCGGCGCCACAGUACCUGUCAUCCUGGACAAACUUCUUAAUCUACUCCCCUCUCUCCCCUCCUCUGUCACUAAGAUUGUGCUCCAUGUUGGCUCAAACGACAUGUCCCUGAAGCAGUCCGAAAUCACAAAUCACAAAGAGGGAUUUUAA